ACACGCCCCGCUCUCACUCUGACUCCAGGCAGGACAGACUCUGGGCGCUUUAGUUCAAUCGGGCUAAAUCUGACCCGGACUUGUCUUGCUGACUUCUGGAUGCCCGACAAUGCGCACCGAGCCAGUGAAGUUUGUAAAGUUAUCCUUGCGCACGGGGCUGGCGGCGAGGGGUCUCGGGAGUGACAUGGAUCACAAGGCUACAAGUGUUGGUUUCUGUGCGUCCGAGUUCCAGAAGGAGACAUGAGCAGCCUCUCUGCCGUGGAGAUCAUUUAGUCCUGGUUUUUAGCAGCUGGAGUAUCAGUGACGCUAAAGGUUGUAUCAUUUCUGUGACAGUUUCACUUUCAACAGCAUCUUUUUUUUGUUUGUUUUUGUCGUACAACUCUUGGAUAAUCACUCACACCGCGGAGCCACUUUUGGAGAUCGGAAUUACGCACGGGAUUCCUCUAACAAAUGACAGCUCCUCAGCGGUUUGUUGCUCCCUCGCUUCACCCCCUCAGGUCCCCGCACCGCACCGACCCACCGCAUCACUCCCCUCGCCAGGUGAGGUAGACGCGGGGAGUGAAAGCCCCUCUGUCUGUCUGUGUCAGUGCGCCGGCGUGCGGCCGCGCUCCACCUGGCCGAGGAUGUGGGGAGGAGGCUUCCCGAUGUAUGUCACCGUGAUCGUGACUCUUCUCCUGGUUAUCAUCGACGUGAAAGCCAGCGGGGAGUAUUGCCACGGCUGGCAGGACUCCCAGGGCGCGUGGAAAGAAGGCUUCCAGUGUCCGGAGAAGAUCGACGGCGUGGACGCGAUCAUCUGCUGCGGGAAAUGCGAGCUGCGCUACUGCUGCUCCAGCACGGACGCGCGGCUGGAUCAGGGCAGCUGCGAUAACGACCGGCAGGCUCCGCAGCCCGGGACAGAGAGCAAGGAGAACAAGGACUCUGGUGCAGUGCCCAUCUACGUGCCCUUCCUGAUCGUGGGCUCUGUGUUCGUAGCCUUCAUCCUGGUGGGCUCUGUGGUGGCCGUGUGCUGCUGCCGCUGCCUCCGGCCCAAACAGGAGCUCUCGUCAGGAGGCGCGUCAGGAGGCGGAGCCGGCGGGGGUCGCCUCUUGGAGACCAUCCCCAUGAUGGCCAGCGCGGGGACCUCCAGAGGUUCAUCGUCCCGCCAGUCCAGCACGGCCACGUCGUCCAGCUCCUCCGCCCCGCCCGCCGCGCCUCGCCAGGCUCCCCCUCCCCUCAUGCGGGCUCAGGCCUCCUGCUGCCUGCCCCCUGAUGCCAGCGUCUUCGUCAACAUGCCCACCAACUUCUCCGUGCUAAACUGCCAGCAGGCCACGCAGAUCAUGCCUCACCAGGGACAGUUCCUGCACCCACAGUACAUCGGCUACGCCCACCCUGUGUCCACCACCACAGCCUACCUGGACCCCACUCAGGGAGGAUACAGACCCCUCCAGUCCCCUUGCCCGCCUCCCACUGGUGGGUCCAGUAUCACCAGCGACCAGAAAUACCCCCCGGUGACUGUGUGAUGAACCUUGCAGACCACUCUGCCACUUUGUUGUCAAGUUUAACCUGUGAGGGCAGCGCCAGAGACCUUUUAGGGGGGACGCUGCCGGAGUGGAAACAGAAAGUCAGACUCACAUGAAGGACUCAUGGAGCCGUGGAGGCAGCAGGGUCUGUCUGCUAUUGUGUGUGGUGUGUGUGGUGUGUGUGUCUGUUCAGUGUGUCGUAUGAUCUCUCGGCAGGUUUAAAUGAGCUAAGCUCAGCCAAUGAUUGAUGCAUAAACAAGUUUCUGUCUCGAUGCAUUUUGGAGGGUUGAACGGCCCAGAUGGAUGGUGAAGCGCGGCUCAAACAAAAGAGCGCGCAUGUGUCCGUGUUUGCAUGAGUGCAUAUGAGAGAGUGAGAAAAAAGAGAUUUGUUGGCUUAUAUGUGUCUGAAUGAGUGAUGACUGGAUGAUUUAUAGCAGUGAACUGUAUGAAAAAUUGAUAUUCAAGCAAAAAAAAAAAAAAAAAAAAAAGAAACCUAUGACCACAUGCUGUGUUUGUGCCACGUGCACGUCUGCACUUGUGAACGGUUGUGAGUGGUUUAUACAAUACUGUAUACGUUUGUAUGUGUUGAAAGCACGAGGAGGGAGCAUGCGAAGAGACGUCCGUACUGUACGUGUGUGUGUGAGCUGGUGUGAAGUGUGGAGGGAUGCUGGCGUAUGAGUAACUGUGAGUGGGCUGCGUGUAAUGGGAAAUGCAGGUGGCGUGAUGCGAAAGGCAGCCGCCAUCUCCCCGGAGGGCGUUUAAAGUCUAAUGAAGUGAACACAGGACAUGGAGUGUGACGCUCCACCCUCCUUCAGCCACCCAAAAAAAAAACCACACACACACACACAAAAAACAAAAAAAUACCCAGACUCCCCCUGAGUGGAAACACACACACACACACACACACACACACACACACACACACACAAGACCCUCGAAAAAAAUUAAAACAGUCACGCAAGACUUGCAGUUAAUGUGCCUCACAAGUGUGAGUGUGUGACAGACACACAGAGAGAGAGGCAGCUCUCUGAAGAUUACAGAGUUAAUUAUAAAGCCAACUUCACUUCUCUCCUGCGAGAGGUGUGUGCGUGCAUGUGUGUGUGUGCAUGUGUGUGUGUGUUUAACACUCCUACAGGUCAGUGCCUGAGCGGAGGGCACAGGCAGCUCCAGGGCAGCUUUGAGUCAUUAUUUUCCACUUAAGAAAGGCACAGAAACGGCGGUUACUGGUUUGUUAAUCUGGAAAAAGAAAAAAGGAAAAAAAAGUUAAAUGUUGCUUUUUUUUUCUUUUUUCUUCAGCCGUUCAGUGCGCUGUCGUGCAGCCGGGUCACUGGUAACUCAGUAACAUGCAGCUUGAGGAAUGUGCUGCUCCACUGAGCGUGAUUUGUACUGAAACCAGGAUGCUUGUGUGCCUCAACUGUACUCAAAGCAUAAUGUCUGUAAGAUACAGUCGGCAGCUUGUGUGUGACGAAGUUAUCUGUAAAAAAAAAAAAAAAAAAAGUGACGUAUGAAAACUGGUCCAGUUUGAUGCAGGAGUGACAUUUUUUCAUAUGAAUUCUAAAAAACAAACAAACAAAUAAACAUUUGAAAAGAAA